AUGGGGGUUGGCGAUUAUGUCCACUCUAAAGAAGGUGGCCAGGCUCGUGGAACCCCCGACCAAGCCAUCCAGUCGCGCCAGCAACGCGCGGAACAAGCCAGAGUUGAGGUACCAAUCACCCAGCUAGUCGAUCCAAAUGUUCCGGGUGUCAAUGGUAGAGGUGGCUCGCUAGAAUUACAUGGUGCAUCUCAAUUCCCAAAUCAGCCCCACAAUCUUCCUACGCAUGAGAUGCAGCGAGACAGAGAUGUGUUUGACACAGAUGUGGAGGCGAUUGAUGAUUCAACUGUGGCAGGGACUAGCGUCUACGGAUUUGAUGACAACAAAGCUCAGCCAUCGUCAAGUACCAAUGCUGUCUACACCGUCCCCGAUCCAAAAUCGAUGUACCAGCCCCGGCCUUCACGGCAUAAUUACGGGACUAACUGGUAUGAAGGCCUGGGCGACCAAGCCAUGAAGAAGGCCGGCUUUGAUUCCGAUGAUUUUGAUAGCUUUGGAAGCCCAAUGACUUCGUCUCUUGGCGGGGAUGGCGGGGAUAACGAAAAGCCCGACGAAGCACACAACUGGCAUGUGUCGCACAAACCACGUACAACCGAGGAGCCAUUGAGCAAGCGACUGGAGAAUUUCUGGUCCGCCAGCAGAAAGAGAACUUCUUCGCGGCAGCCUGUCACUAUAGACUCUGACCCUGAGCCUCAGACUCAACCACAACCUAAGUCUAAGCCGCGGAAAUUGGGCCAAAUGCUUCCUCCUACUGGGCCCAGGAAGAUACUUCUCCCUCACAGCUCGUCGGUAACACCCAGGACACGCUUCAGUCCACCAAAGCCCUCACUUCUUGAACAGCUUGACCAAAAACUCGAUGGAUCACCUACUCGUCACAACUCUCAACCUCCACCAGAUGUUGGCCGGCCACUCAGCAUUGCAUCGUUUCAAGAUCAUACUGACAGUGACGGCGGAAGCGAUGAUGGCAUGGACCACACCAUACGCGCAGAUGGACGACGGGAAAGCAGCGGGCAUUCAAUCAACGCUUUUGAUAUGACCAGUCUAACCGAUUUAGACGCCGACCACACCAUGCUGGAUCCGUUUUUUAUGCAUGAUUCCCAUGAUUCCCAUGAAUUGCAUGAGCCGUCGCAUCGUAGCCGUCGCAACACUGUCAUCCAUUCUAGAAAGCGAUCACUUGAAGCGGACUACCCCCCAGAAGUGCUUUUCCAAAAAUCUUUCUCCGAGCUGCAAGCUGAACCCUUUGACAAAUCCCCCACCCCCCCUCCACCUGUUAUAAAAUCGCCCUCCUUGCCACCAAACCCACCUUUUGUUCCAGAUACGGAGGAGCCCAGAAACGCCGUCUCUCAUAUGUUGGCUCUGGCGGACGAAGAACGCCAGACUUGUUUAUCACACAUGUCAAUGGAUGAGUGGGAAGACUGCGGAGACCAAAUAAUCGACCGUUUCACCCAUCUCCUCUCAGAAAUGAAGAACCUACGACGUGCCCGCCGCCGCACAGCUGCUGUGUUUGAAGGCGAAGUCAAGCGCCGCCAUGACCAAGUUGAAACACAAAAUUCGGAGUUGACGAAUAAAUUGACCGAGAUGAGAACCGGCGGUGCAGAGGUUCUGCGUGGACGCCAAUCAUAA